UUUGUGUUCCCACAUAUCCCGUGUGUUUCUGUGGACUCCUGCUUGUGUGUGCGUGUGUGUGUGUAUGUGUGCACUUGAAAGACAAGAGCAGUGUGUGUUUGAGCCCUUGCAGCACUGAGGACUGAUAACUUCACAGGAUGCAUCGGCUUCUGGUGGUGACCUUAGUGUUGGUGGCCUUUUGCAGUCUGGAGACCACAGCUUUUUCAGCUUAUGACAAGAUAGUCACCCAUAGCCGCAUACGGGCCAGGGAUCAAGGACCCAAUGUGUGUGCUUUGCAGCAAGUCACAGGGACCAAGAAGAAGUACUUCAGCACAUGCAGGAAUUGGUACAAACGCAGCAUCUGUGGCAAGAAUACGGUGGUUGUAUAUGAAUGCUGUCCAGGUUAUAUGAAACUCGAGGGUACGAAAGGAUGCACUGCAGUGGCUCCCAUUGACCAUGUGUAUGGUACACUGGGCUUUGUCAAGGCUACAACCACACAGCGAUAUGCUGAAGUCUCUAAACUGAGAAAAGAAAUUGAGGGAAAAGGCGCCUUCACCUUGUUUGCACCUAGCAAUGAUGCCUGGGAUGAGCUGGACCCUGCUCAACGAUCUGCACUAGAGAACAAUGUGAACAUUGAACUCUACAACGCUCUGCAUUACCACAUGGUAAACCACCGUAUCCUCACCAAAGACAUGAAGAAUGGCAUGACUGUCAGUUCCAUGUACAAUGAAGAGGGACUGCACUUCAACCACUACCCAAAUGGGGUUGUUACAGUGAACUGUGUCAGGAUUCUCAAUGCUAACCAGCUGGCCACAAAUGGUGUGGUGCAUGUCAUCGAUCGGGUAAUCAAGGCCGUGGGGAACACCAUCAAGGAUCACUUGGAGCUCAAUGAAGACCUUUCUUCUUUUAGUGCUAUCGCAUUAGCUUCCAAUGUGAUGGACAAGCUGGGUGAGCCUGGCCAAUACACUUUGUUUGCUCCAACUAAUGACGCCUUUGACAAAAUGAACCCAGACUACUUGGAGAAUAUCAUGGAAGACCCAGCUGUUGUUAAAGCCCUGGUGAACUACCACCUGUUAAAGAGUGUCCAGUGUGCAGAAGCAAUCAUGGUAGGAUUCAUGUAUGAGACUGCAGAAGGCAGCAGCAUAGAGAUUGGCUGUGACGGUGACAGUCUGACUGUGAACGGCAUCAAGAUGGUCCUGAAGAAGGACAUUGUAGCGACCAAUGGCGUCAUCCACCUGAUAGACCAGAUGCUGAUCCCAGACUCAGCCAAGGAAGUGAAAUCGUUACUGGAAACCUCCCAGAGCACUUUCAGCAGCAAGUUGUCUGAACUGGGCUUAGCUGAAUCCCUGGGUCCAAAGACAGAGUACACCCUCCUAGCUCCUUUCAACAAUGCCUUCACUAGUGAAGUGAUGUCAAUGGACACAAACACGCUGAGACUCAUUUUGGAAAACCACAUCUUGAAGACAAAAAUGAAACUGAGUGAGCUUUACAACGAACAGACGCUGGAAACAAUCGCUGGAAAACUGCUACGAGUCUUCAUUUACCGCACUGCUGUGUGCAUAGAAAACACAUGUAUGGUCCGUGGCAGUAAGGAGGGGAGCAAUGGGAUGCUCCAUUCUGUGAGGUCUCUUAUCAAACCACCUGAGAAAACUAUCUAUGAGCUCCUGAUUGCUGACGGACGUUUCAAGAAAUUCCUGUCGUUAAUGGAAACAGCAGGUCUGUAUGAUCUGUUAAAGCAGGAAGGCUCUUACACCGUCUUUGCACCAACGGACGAUGCCUUUGUCGACCUCAGCAAGGAAGACAUGGCUCUGCUCAAAAGUGAUCCAACUGUUCUGAGAAACAUCCUGCUGUACCACUUCAGUAAUGGGACCUUCAUCAAUGGAGGAUUAGAGGGAGGAGUUACCAAUCUGCUCAAAACCUUCCAGGGCAAGAACCUGCAAGUUAAAUCUGUAGACAGCUCUAUCCAUGUCAACUCUGUGGAUGUGCCACACAGUGACUUGAUGGCAACAAACGGUGUGAUCCAUAUUGUGAAGAAUGUUCUUUAUCCAGGGGACCUUCCUGUGGGCCGUCAGGACCUCCUGAUCCUCCUGAGGAAGCUGAUUAAGUACAUUCAGAUAAAGUUUGUCUCUGGAUUUUCUUACACUGAGAUCCCGCUCACCUUCAUCAAAAGGACUAUCACAACAACUACUCAUUUUGUUGAAGUUCCUGAGUCAACAGUGAUCCGCAAUGUUACCCGGGUUAUUUCAGUGGAACCAUCUAUCACUACCGUAAAAAGAGUUAUCGAAGGGGACCCUUCACUUCUCAAAGACAUCAAAACGAACUUUUCAAUUACUACCAAGAUCAUCAAAGGGGACCCUACACUUACCGAAGUCACCAGAGUCAUAGAACGGGACUCUGCAGCUUCCAAAGUCACCAGGGUCAUCAAAGGGAACCCUACACAGACCAAAGUCACCAGGGUCAUUGAAGGAAACCCUACACAGACCAAAGUCACCAGGGUCAUUGAAGGAAACCCUACACAGACCAAAGUCACCAGGGUCAUUGAAGGGAACCCUACACAGACCAAAGUCACCAGGGUCAUUGAAGGGAACCCUACACAGACCAAAGUCACCAGGGUCAUUGAAGGAAACCCUACACAGACCAAAGUCACCAGGGUCAUUGAGGGACAGCCUUCUAUUACUAAAGUUACAAGAGUUAUUGAUGGUGCUAGUGUUGGUGGAGAUGGCAGCACAGGUGGAGCCAGACACACCACGGCGAACGAGCCUCAGAUCAUUGAGGGCCCAGACUUUUCCAGGAUCACUACAAUCCACGGAGACCCAAGUCUGAUCGAUGAGGAGUCUGAGAGAAUUAGCAGAAUCAUUAAAGAAGGAGGUAGAUUUGCUGCUGCCAGGAAAGCUCCAGCUGGAAUGAAGAGGCGGGCAAGGCUGGUCAGGCGUCACCAUAAGCCAAGGGAGUGAAUCUUGCAGAAAGAUAAAUGCUUAGGGCUCACCACAAGGAUUGUAUGCAUCUCCAGCGCUCCUGGUCGAGCAGUGGUGGAUUGAAAAACCGCAGAUUGAGAUUAAAUUAAUUUAGCCAUUUCUUAAUCCAAAGAACCAUUAAGUUUGUUUGUUAUUCCAUCUGAGGCACAGUUCGUGUAAUAGCCAUACGAUUGAACUCUUUAUUUCCCUAAUUUUGGUGUGUAAGGAAUAGUGAUUUUUAAUAUGGGGGCAAAAUAGGGUGAAAGGUGAGGUAUAUUGUACGAGAAUUGUUGUUUGUUUGUUUUUUCGAUAUCACUUUGCAAACAGAUUAGUACAAAAGAGUUUUGUAUUCUUUUGGUUUGUUGUUAUUUGUCAUAUGGUGCUCUGUUUUAAAUAGUGUUUUGCUACCGGUAGAUCUUCUACUGUACCUCUGUAAAUUAUGGCAUGAUCAUUUUAAAAUGCCACGAUGGGGUUUUUUCUAUCAUGACGGCGAUAGAUCGACAGAUGUUUCAUACUUUUGAUCGGGAACUUGACUCGUGUAUGUCUAUACACAAUCAGACUUUACAAUCCUAUGUUUGUACCUUACAAACAAGUGACCAAUAAAUGUGUGAAUACAAUGCAGA